CUUACUAUCAGGAAAUUUCUCCUUAGUUCUAGUGUUAGUUUGAUUAGCCAGUUAGUGUUAGUCUUAGCUCUAGUGUUCUAGUUCUAAUGCUGACGUGCUGUGCCGUUUUCUCGUGUUGCCUGAUUUGAUGUCAUUACGUUUGGAAGAAACUCAGCUAUAAACCCGCAGAAUUGACUACUGUCGGUGUUGUCCUUACCUCCCUGAUCAAAAGUGCCAUAAAGCAUCGACUCUUUCUCAUUUUACAAUAUUGGGACAAGCAGCCUUGAAGGCCAUCAGUAUUAUUCCACUGGAAUUGCAUCCUCAAACUUUGCACAAUACAAGGAUUAUGCUUAGUCAGAAAUCCUGAAUUGCAACUUUCAUGGGUGGGUCACUGAAAAAUCUGGAAGUCUGCAGAGAAGAGGCGUAGUUGCUCACUGCUCACCUGCAGAUGUACUGUAACAUUCUGGAGUGAAGCACAGAGCCCACUUAACAAUGCAUCAGAUAAUACAAACCGCAUACAGCUGGUUUUGGUGGGAGAACAUCUGGAUGCCUGCUAAUUGCACGUGGGCGGAUUUGGAAGAUCACAAUGGAUACAUCUUUCCCAAGCCACGACAAUUAUUUGCCACAAUUCCAUAUGCCUUUGUGAUGUUGGUUAUCAGAUUCUUUGUUGAAAGAUACAUGGCUCUUCCUCUGGCUGACUACUUGGGCAUAAAGGAUGUGAGGCGGAUCAAACCGCAGGAUAAUCCCACCCUUGAAAAUUUUUUCCGACAGCGCACAAAAAAGCCUUCCCAGUCAGAAACACGUAAACUAGCUAAAAAGUGUAACUGGACUGUGCACCAGGUGGAAAAAUGGUUCAGGCGAAGACGCAACCUAGAAAUCCCAACUCUGCAUAAAAAAUUCAAGGAAGCUUGUUGGCGAUGUUUAUUCUACAGUACCUCAUUUAUUGCUGGAAUUAUAUUUCUCUGUGACAAAUCCUGGUUUUAUGACCUUUGGCAAGUGUGGCUCAACUAUCCAAACCAUGCCAUGCUCCCUUCCCAGUAUUGGUACUACAUGCUCCAGAUGAGCUUCUAUUGGUCAUUGCUCUUUACUCUUGGAACCGACACUAAAAGGAAGGAUUUCAUGGCCCACGUGGUGCAUCAUUUUGCCGCCCUUGGCUUGAUGUUCUGUUCCUAUAGUGCCAAUUACCUCCGUCUUGGAACCCUGGUGAUGAUCGUCCACGAUUCUGCAGAUAUCUGGCUGGAGGCCGCAAAGAUGUUCAACUACGCUCGCUGGGACAAUACCUGCAGUGUUCUGUUUGUCAUUUUCGCAGUGGUGUUCUUUAUCACGCGACUCAUUCUCUUUCCAUGUUGGAUUUUACGGGCCUCGAUAUAUUAUCCUGUGUUUUAUACCCAGACGCUUGUCAUCGCAUAUUUUGUAUACAAUGGGCAGCUAUUGAUCCUGCAGGGUCUCCACCUCUAUUGGGCCUACUUGGUUUUCAAGAUUCUGAAGAAAUUCAUUUUUGUGAAGGUGCUCAGGAUUCCUAUACCAGCUUGGGCUAAUAUAGGCAAUGACCAGAAUAUUAAAGAUGAACGGAGUGAUGAAGAAGAAGAAGAAGAAGAAGACUCUCUCAGCGAUACUGAAGGGGAGUGUAUGAAGAAAGGAAUGAAGAAUGGAUUAAAUGACCCUCUCCUAAAUAAUAAUAAUAUUAAUUAAUGCCCAGCCAAUACCAUCUCCUAGUGCCAUUAUCUGCUGUGUCAUAAACCCAACACACCAUACAGACUUUUACAUCCGCAUCAAAACCAAAGUCCACAAAUGGUUUUAUUGCAGAUCGUUAGACUUAGGAGGGUACACACUUUUGAAAAAGAGAGCCUUUGCAAUAUGCAGUCUAGAGGAUAUGCAAUGAAAUAAUAAUAAUUUUUUUUAAAAAAAACAACAACUCUGAAUGGUUUAGAAUAUAACAUUUUUAGGCUGAGAUUUUCAUGUAUUUAAAUUUUGAUAAGUCUUAAAACAGUUUGGACAAGUUUUUAAUAAUGUUUUAGUACGAUUUGAGAAGUGUGGCUUUAUACUGAUUUUAUUGAAGAAUGGGAUGGUUUUAUAUAAGGAAAAUCCAUGCAGUAAUUGUCAGAUGUAAUUGCCGAGCCCAGAAGUGAAUUCUGGUUUUAAUGCAAUGGUUUUAGAAUUUAUAUUCUAAAUUUCACUGGUUCCUGAGUGUACCUUCCAGUCAGUCUUGAGUUCUUGCAACUGCAUGGAUUUGACAACAUUUCUGGAAAUUGAUGUCCUACGCCACCAGGUGUCGUUGAGACUCAGUUGGGUGGCCAUAUAAAUGUUCUUAAAUUUAAAAAAAAAACAAUCUUCUCUUGAUUGAGAGCGAGUGACUGUCCCCCCCAAAUCACCCAUCCGGCAUACUGCCUACGCCAAGACUAGAAUUCAUGGUCUUCUAGUACUUUUAACCACUACACCAAAGUGGUACUCCGAAUACAUUGGAUUAUUUAUAUAGAAAUUAGCAAAAGUAGACAGGAAUAUCUAGAUUAGGAUUAAAGCCAUGUCCUCGAACUGUAUUAAGGCCAACCUUGUUUUCUUUUUUGAAUUCUUCCGACUCUGAUUUCCUUUUUAUUUAUACUUUUGUCUUUCAUUAUAUAGUCUUGAUUUUCAUUCUUUGUGUAUUCUGGAUUGUUUUAUUUAGAGAUAAAGUGUGAUCCCAUGGAAAUGGGGAAAAUAUCACCUGGACACUUUUUAAAUAA